AUGGCGUCUCAGUUGCCCGCGUACAAGCAGGACUUCCUCAAGGCCGCCAUUGCUGGGGGCGUUCUCAAGUUCGGCAGCUUCGAGCUCAAGUCGAAGAGGUUAUCGCCCUACUUCUUCAACGCCGGCGAGUUUCACACCGCGCGCCUCGCCGGAGCCAUCUCCUCGGCCUUUGCCCAGACCAUCAUCGACGCGCAGCACAAGGGCGGCCUCGAGUUUGACGUAGUGUUCGGGCCUGCGUACAAGGGAAUCCCUCUCUGCUCUGCCAUCACCAUCAAGAUAGGCGAGCUGGACCCCGCGCAGCUCGACAGAAUCUCCUACUCGUUUGACCGCAAGGAAGCCAAGGACCACGGCGAGGGCGGCAAUAUCGUCGGAGCGCCCCUCAAGGGCAAGAGAGUUCUCAUUGUCGACGACGUCAUCACCGCCGGGACCGCCAAGAGAGACGCCAUCGAAAAGAUUCGUAACGAGGGCGGCAUCGUGGCGGGUAUCGUCGUGGCCCUAGAUCGCAUGGAGAAGCUCCCUGCAGCAGACGGCGACGACACCAAGCCUGGCCCCAGCGCCAUUGGCGAACUCAGACGGGAGUACGGCAUUCCGAUACUCGCAAUACUGACGUUAGACGACAUCAUUCAAGGCAUGAAGAGCUUUGCUUCCGCCGACGACGUGAGGCGGACCGAAGAGUAUCGGCAGAAAUACAAGGCUACGGACUAG